AUGCCUGCAGGCUACACGGGGCGGAACUGCGAGACGGACGUGGACGAGUGCGCGACCACUGUGAACCCGUGCCUCAACGGGGGCCGCUGCCAGGACGCCGUGAACAACUACACCUGCGACUGCACCGGGACCGGGUACACGGGCGCGCGCUGCGGCGUCAACGUGAACGAGUGCGCGGACGCGCGCGUGUGCGGGCACGGCGUGUGCUACGACACGUACGGCGGGUUCGUGUGCGCCUGCCUGCCCGGCUACCAGGGCGCGCGCUGCCAGCAGCCCGCGGCCUGCGCGUCCGGGCCCUGCGGCGCGGGCGGCGCCUGCGUCGAGGAGGCGGGCGGCGCCGGCUUCCGCUGCGUCUGCGCGCGCGGGUACGUGCCGCCCUACUGCGCGCCUGCGCCCUCCGCGCCGCCCGCGCCCUCCGCGCCCUCCGCCGCCUCCUGCAGCGACCUCGUCUGUCCGCCGCACUCGCACUGUCAGUAUUCCUUUGCUUGCUAUCCCACGUCGCACCUCGCCCCCGACCGGCUCUUAUAUCGAAGUAUUUUUCCCACAGGUGUGCCCAACGUGAUGAUAACGGGCGUCGUCGCCAAGCAGGUGACGUGUGUGUGUGACAUCGGCUACUACGGCGCGGCGGGCGCGGCGCCCAACUGCAGCGCGCUGGAGACGGCGUGCGAGGCGGGCGUGUGCCUCAACGGCGCCACGUGCUCGCUGGCCGGCGACCGCGUCAACUGCUCGUGCGCGCCCGGCUACAAGGGCGCGUACUGCGAGCAGGCCGUGGGCAAGGCGCUGUCCGACCUGAAGGCGGCCGAGCACUGCGCCGCGCAGCCCUGUCUGCACGCCAAGUCCUGCCAGGACCUCGCGAGCGGAUUCCGGUGCGAGUGCGAGGCGGGGUGGGGCGGGGCGCGCUGCGACGCGGAGGCGGGCGAGGCGGGGUGCGCGGCGCGCGGCUGCGACAACGGCGGCGUGUGCCGCGAGUCGGGCGCGUGCGAGUGCCGCGCGGGCUGGGCCGGCGCCGCCUGCGACGUGCCGGCCGACUGCCGCGCCGCGCCCUGCGCGCCGCACCACGAGUGCGUCGAGGCCGCGCCCGCCUGGCGCUGCGCCCCCGCCGCGCCCGACUCGGCCUGCGCCUCGUCGCCCUGCCACAACGGCACGUGUCUGGCGCUCGACUCCGGCCUCUUCCGCUGCCAGUGCCCGCCCGGCAACAACGGGCGUUUCUGUGAAUUGGACAUAGACGAAUGUGCAAUAAUGCCGAAAAUAUGUAAUCACGGAGUAUGCGUUAACGUGCCCGGCUCGUACGAGUGCUAUUGCAGGCCAGGCUAUACGGGCGACAGCUGCGAGCAAGACAUCGACGAGUGCCUGUCGUCGCCGUGCAAGAAUGGUGGCUCCUGUCAGAACCUGGAGAACAAUUACGAGUGUACCUGCAUGGAAGGGUUCGAAGGCAAGGAUUGCUCCAUCAACAUUAACGAAUGUGAGAAGAAUCCGUGCGCCGCCGGCUCCACGUGCGUGGACGGCGUGGCCAGCUACUCGUGCCUGUGCCAGGAGGGACUGACCGGACCCAACUGUGAGAUAGACAUCGACGACUGCGAGUCGGGCCCGUGCCAGCACGGCGGCAGCUGCGUGGACGGGCUGAACAGCUACUCGUGCGAGUGCGGCGGCACGGGCUACGCCGGCGACGACUGCUCCGUCAACAUCGACGAGUGCGCGCCGCAGCCCUGCCGCAAUGGCGGCACCUGCCUCGACGACGUCAACGACUACCACUGCAGCUGCUACCCCGCCUACGCCGGCAAGAACUGCGAGCUGGACAUCAACGAGUGCGAGAGCGACCCCUGCAAGUACGGCGGCGUGUGCCUGGAGCGCUCCAACGCCUCGCUGUACCUGGGCCCGGGCGCGCCGCGCCUUCAGGUGGGCCCGCAGCCGCAGAUGGUGCUGCCCGCCGUCUUCUACCAGCCUUUCUCGCUGGACUCUGCCCACGGGUUCGAGUGCGUAUGCGUGCUGGGCACGACCGGGUCACGGUGCGAGGUGAACAUUGACGAGUGCGCGUCCUCGCCCUGCGAGAACGGAAAGUGCAUCGACGGCAUCGGCGGCUACACAUGCGACUGUUUCGCCGGCUACGAGGGAGAGCACUGCGAGCUCGAGAUCGACGAGUGCCAGAGGUACACGCCGUGCGUCCAAGGCAAAUGCUUCGACGGGCGCGCGUCCUACUACUGCCUGUGCUCCAAGGGCUGGGGCGGACAGAACUGCUCCGUGGUGCUGGAGGGCUGCCGCGACGAGCCCUGCCGCAACAACGGCACCUGCCAUCCCUGGCUGCUCGACGAGACCGAGCACCGCUUCAACUGCAGCUGCACCUACGGCCACUACGGGACCACCUGCGAGAAGAUCACGACCAUGUCGCUGGAGAAGAGCAGCUACGCAGAGGUUAACACGACGCGCGAGGAGGGUUACGACAUCUCGUUCCGUUUCAAGACCACACUGGCCAACGGGCUGCUGGCUAUGGGUCGCGGUCUUACUUACUUCUUCUUGGAGCUCUCUAAUGGCAGGCUCAACCUGCAUUCUAGCCUGCUUAACAAGUGGGAGGGAGUGUUCAUCGGCUCCAACCUCAACGACAGCAAGUGGCAGAAGGUGUUCGUGUCCAUAAACUCGACGCAUCUGGUGCUGGCGGCCAACGAGGAGCAGACCAUCUACCCCAUCAACCAGAACGAGGCGUUCAACUCGUCGGUGACGUCGUUCCCGUCGACGCGGCUGGGCACGUACGGGUCGUCGUACGCCACGCUGACGCACGGGCCCAACUUCUUCGUGGGCUGCUUCCAGGACGUGGUGGUGAACGGGCAGUGGGUGCUGCCCGGCGCGGCCGAGGCGGGCGCGCUGCUGCACGGCGUGCUGGGCACGUGCGCGCGCGUGGAGCAGUGCGCGCCCAACCCGUGCCGCGCCGGCGGCGCCUGCGAGGACGCCUGGUCCUCCUUCCGCUGCGUCUGCGCGCGCCCGCACCUGGGCGAGCGCUGCCAGUUCGCGUACACGGCCGCCACGUUCGGGCACGAGGGCGCCGCGCCGCGCGCCACGGCCCGCGUGCUGGCGGCCGAGCCGGCCCGCCGCGCCGUGCGCGCCGCGCUCGACAUCUCCAUGUUCAUCCGCACGCGCAAGCCCACGGGCCACAUCUUCUACCUGGGCUCGCUGGCGCGCCUCGGCCACGCCGACGAGACGCAGGUGGGCGCCUCGCUCGACGGCGGCGAGCUGCUCGUGCAUCUGCGCUUCAACCAGACGCCCGAGAACUACACCGUCGGGGGCACGCGCCUCGACAACGGAUACCUGCAUCUCAUCGAGGUGGUGCGGAACUCCACGCUGGUGCAGGUCAAACUAAACGGCACCGAGUACUUCCGCAAGUCCAUCUCCGCCGCUAAGCAGAUCGAUGCACAGGUUCUGUAUCUGGGUGGGCCCCCGCCGCCACUGGCUGCCAGCGGCCCGACGGGCGCGGGCCCCACCGCGGCGGACACGGAGGCGCCCCCCGCCACCAGUCCGGCGCCCAGCACGGCGGCCGCGCCGGCCGCGCCGGAGCCGGACGACAGCGCGUACUUCAAGGGCGUGAUCCAGGACGUGCAGAUCUCGAACGGAGUGAACGUCAGCAUCGUGGAGUUCUUCCCGCUGCAGGUCCCGGGGCUGCAGCUGCCGCCGCCCUUCGGGGAGGUGCAGCUGGACCCCGGCGUGCUGCGGGGCGUCGUCUCCGACGACCUGUGCGCCGCGCGGCCCUGUCUGCAUAACGCCACCUGCACCAACACCUGGAACGACUACACGUGCCAGUGUCCGCGCGGCUACAAGGGCAAGCAGUGCUCGGAGGUGGAGUUCUGCCAGCUGCAGGGCUGCCCCCUCAACUCGCACUGCCGCAACCUGGACGCCGGGUACGAGUGCGUGUCCAACGCGACGUUCGACGGCGUGAACACGACGCUGUCGUACCGGCUGCGGCAGCCGCGCGGGCGCGUGGCGCGGGCGCCGGAGUCGCUGACCAUGACGUACCGCAGCAAGGCGGGCGGCACGCUGCUGCACGCCGAGGACGGCGCCGCCUGGUUCACCGUGGCCGUGUUCCGGCACCAGGUGGCCGUGCACUGGAGCCUGGGCGGGCUGCCCGCGCUGCGCCGCAUGCGCGCGCCCGCGCCCGCGUCCGCCGCGCCCGCCUGGACCACGCUGCGCUUCUACUUCGCCGGCAACACCAUGCGCGGCGUCUUCCUCGACGCCGCCGGCCACGAGGACCUAGGGCUCACGGCCAGCCUCGACACGCGCGCCUGGCAGCGCCUCGUCACCACCGGCACGCUGCAUCUGGGCGGCAUCCCGCGCCCCGCGCCUACAACCACGCCCGCCAUGUCGCUGGGUGAGACCUCGACCGACCCCAACGUGUGGGAGUACUCGGAGGGCGACGAAGUGAUGGCCGACAACCUGGCCGGGGAGUACUUCAAGGGCUGCAUGGGCGCCGUGCACGUGGGCGGGCUGCUGCUGCCGUACUUCUCGGAGCAGGAGCUGUUCGUGGGCGCCACGGCCGCGCUGCUGGCCGCGCAGCCCCACUACGCGCUCGACGCCGGCCGCGCCUGGGGCGCCGGCGCCGGCCUGGGCUGCGUGCUGUGCCUCGAGCGGGACUGCCAGCACGGCGGCCACUGCGCCGACGUGCGCUCCUCCUACGCCUGCGCCUGCCCGCCCGGCUACGCCGGCGACUUCUGCCAGCUCGACGUCGACGAGUGCGCCGCGCACCAGUGCCAGAACGGCGCCGUCUGCAAGGACGGCGUCGCCUCCUACACCUGUAUCUGCCCCGACGGCUUCGAGGGAGACUUUUGCGAGCGCGACAUCGACGAGUGCGCGUCGAGCCCGUGCCUGCACGGCGGCACGUGCAAGGACGCGGCGGGCGGGUACAGCUGCGCCUGCGCCCCCGCGUGGCACGGGCCCACGUGCGCCGCGCCCCGCGACCGUACCUGCGCGCACCGGCCCUGCGCCCCCGCCGCCAGCGCCUGCGUCGACGCCCCGCCCGGUCAGUAGGCGCCGCGCGCGCUCAGUAACCGCCGGGAGCGACAGCUAAUGUCUCGUUUCCGUGUCCGCAGAGCCGGCCACCGGCAACAACUUCACGUGCGUGUGUAACGAGGGCUUCGAGGGCGUCUACUGCGAGUACGCGUUCUGCGAGGUGAAGCCCUGCGUGCACGGCACCUGCGUCAACGACACCAAGAGGGCGCGCUGCGAGUGCGCGCUGGGGUACGAGGGGCGCUGGUGCGAGGCGGAGCGCGACGCCUGCGCCGAGGGGGGCGCCGCCGCCUGUCUGCACGGCGGACGCUGUCUGCGCGCGCCCGGGGACUACUCCUGCGACUGCCACAACACAGGCUGGACAGGCGCGCGCUGCGAGCUGGACGUGGACGAGUGCGCCGCCGGCCUCGUCAGCUGCGGGCCCGGCCACUGCCUCAACCUCAACGGAUCCUACACGUGAGUACCCACCGCGACCUGGCCUUCCGCGCCUCGCCUUCUUCCGCUUCCGCUGACCGCCGUCAUUGGGCGCAGGUGUCUGUGCGCCGCCGGCUUCUGCGGCAUCGAGUGCUCGCUGAAGGACCCGUGCUAUGGCGACGGCGACGGCAACAGCACGGGCCCGUGCCUGCACGGCGGGCGCUGCGAGCAACGCUGCGGGGCGCGCACGGACUACGUGUGCCACUGCGAGCCCGGCUGGACGGGGCACAACUGCUCGCAGCCGCUGGCGGCCGAGGCCAGCGGGGGCGCCGCGUCCUCCACCGUGCUCAUAGGCGUGGGCGCCGCGCUGCUGGGGCUGGCGCUGGUGGGCGCGGCGCUGGGCGCGCUGGGGGCGCAGGCGCGCCGCAAGCGGGCCACGCGCGGGACCUACUCCCCGUCGGGCCAGGAGUACUGCAACCCGCGCGCCGAGAUGAUGCAGCACGCCCUCAAGCCGCCCCCGGAGGAGCGCCUCAUCUAACGCGCGCGCCGGUACGCAACCACACGCCUCCUUUUUGAUUUAGUGCACAAAGUUUUAAUAUUAUUAUUGAUAGACGUUAUUAUUCUUUCAGGUGCGGAAUAAAAUGUAAUCGAACAAAAUUUUACAAAAGGAUGAAGACACGAAAGGACUCGUCGCAUAUCAACCAAAUGAUAGUUGUAUGUGUUAAUGAUCAAUUGUGUCUGAAUGUGUGCGUGUGUUAAGGUUUGUGUAUGCGUGUGUAUCACGUGUUCCAGUUUGUACCUGUACGUUUUUAUACAUUGACAGUGUGUAUGUGUGAUGCGUGAGUAACUUAAUACUUAGCUUUAAGAUGUACGGAGAUACCUCCCGUGAGAAUGUACUUAUUUUACCAGACUAUACGAAUUAUAUUAGUAUUUUAUAUUAUUAAUGAAAUUAUAUCUACAGGCGCUGGAGGUCAAUGUUAUUGUGGGCUCCAAUCUGUACGGGUUUCUAUUUAAUAACAAAGUCAUGCUAUACACAUGAGACAGUGGGGUGCUGGUCCCCAGCCUCUGUGGCGCCGUCGCGGAAGACUAUCUUCCCGCGGUAACUGUACAUUCUUUAUAAAAAUAACAAAUGACGAAUAAACGGAAAUAAUAUUAGUAUAGAGUAAGAGCUCGAUUAUUUUGAUAUAAUGGUGUAUAGUGCAAUGUCGGACUGUUUAUAGUGAAAUAUAUAUAAAUAUAUUUAUGAAAUACUGUAAUAUACUGAAUAACGCAGUGCCUCAACUUAGGAAUUUGGAAUUUUUAUAAGUAAUCAAUUUUGAUGAAUUUUGAUGUAAUGAAAGAUGGUAAACAUUGUAUCUGACGAAUGGAGUAGUCGUCGCCGCGACUUGUCCGGGCCCCGUACUUAGCACUCGGACAGGCUGACACUGAGCGCGCUUUGUGUCACGCCGAGACUGUAGUCUGUAGAGUAGGUCGAGUGUACACCGCGGUGUCGCCACACCCGGCGUAUGUUCACGCUCACUUUUAGCAGUAUUUUAGUGUAAGUGUAAUGUUAAGUGGUAUUGAAAGCGUGCAAGAUUCUAAAUUACAAUGUAGUGAAGACGUCCCUCGUCCGCCACACGAGCCCCGCACUCGGACGCGCCGCUUGCUGCGCCCAGACAAGCAAUUACAUUUAUUUAUUGUUUGAGCAAGUCCUCGAGGAUGGCAGCUCUUGUUUUGUCGGACAGCAAUGACACAAGUAUGUAAUAGGUUAAUGUAUUGUAGAGUAUCGUAGGUAUAGUCCGGGCGGCGCGGCCCGAGUGCGCCGGGCUGCGGCGAGCCGUCAGUGCCUUACCGACAAGUCUGUAUAUUGGGAACUGUUUACUCUAGCUCUAGCUCUGGCACUAGCCAGGGCUACACCGUAUUCAUGUAUUGCUAGGGAUAAGUACACGUGUAACGUAGGUGUAAGGCUCGCAGUACUCCACGACGAGGUUUGUGUUGUUUGGAUGUGUGCGUGACUCAAUAUUCUAUUAUGUGAUAACUUUUUGUUUUUAUGUUGUAUCAGUUUGUUUUACGUUCAUUGUAUCCUAAGUAUAGACAAGUGUUGCAAAUUAGUAUUAUAUAUUUCGGCCGUCCGUUGAAACUAUUCAAUUUUAUUGUAUUUUUAUAGUAUAAGUAAGUGUUUUACCAAUUUAUGAACAUUUUUUAAUAAUCAAAGUACACUAACGAUUUUUUGUAAUUAGUAACUUCAGAGUGAAUAUAUAUGUAUAAAAUAUCGUAAACAAUAAGAAACGCGUAGUUUUAACAUUAUAUCCAUGUACGUUUUACUAUAAUUAACAAGUUAAUCAGGAAUACAAUGUCAUGAUACUGUAGUCGCUAAUAUUCACUCUGUUGUACAUGAACUGAUACAUUCCCUCAGCACUCUGCGUUGGCUGACCGUAGUAGUAUGUAUAUAUAGUAUGCGCGUGCGCAGGCUGCCCGUUACCGUCCACAGCCGCGGCGCGCCGGCGCACCUUAGUGUACAGCACCCAAGCCUUAUGGCCUUACUCAAUUAAACGAAUAUACUACAUGAACAUAUA